AUGCGUUUGUUGACUGUAGUCGCUUGGGUCCUGGUGACCUGCGGUCCACUACUGGCUGCGGGACAGAAGAAAAUGAUAUUCGUCAUCCCGCGGACAGUCCGUCGUACCCAAACCCCCCCGUGGCGUCACUUCACGCGUCCCCCAUUCCCAAAAUUCCUGAGCAAUGAAUUGCCCCCGCCCCAUGGUCAUUCCCCCCCGCACCCCAAGUUCCCCUCGAAGACUAAAUCCAUUUUCUUCAAUCAAAACCCCCGCCACACCGACAGCUUUGAUCAGACCCCGGACAAGGUGAAUCACGUAGUGAUUCCCCAAGGUAAGGGAAUCACUCAUGCAUUCGGUAAUGGCUACAUACCCCACGAACCCAUCAGCGAUCCCGGCUUCCCAGAUUCCACUGGCACCCCCGAGCAAAUCGAGCACAAUUCCCUGAAUUAUUAUUCCCACCCCCAAGUGACUCAGCAGACGGACAACUAUCUCCAGCACUACGAGGAGGCUCAUCAGCAUGACAAUCAGGACAGAACAGAUAAUCAGAGAGGGAAAUAUUUUCUCCAGAAAAAUCUCGAGAAACCAUUCAACAAAGUUGUCUAUGGAAUUCCCAAGAAGCCAUAUUUCUCGCCCGAAAGUUUCUACAACAAGGAUAAAUCAAUUUUGACAGCGGGGGGAGUCUCGGGGGGCAGCAAAGAGCCAAUUGUUCUGCGAGAUGGUAUUGAUCUCAGUCAUUACCAUAAGAAGCUGGCUGAGCUGGCCAGCACCUGGCCCGGGGGCUUGCACGCGUCACCUGCAUCUGCGUUAUCGACUGCUGCUCAUGGUAACAUCCCCGACGUCGGAGGGGCGUCCCACCAGCUCUCGGGUAAUUUCCAGCCGAACACCUUCGGAAUCGGCUUCCUGUCCUCGAACCCGGAGGCCGAGCAGCCAGGGUACGCGGUCCAGGAGGACGUCCAGGAGGAGACCGGUCAUGACUUCAGGACUCAGCCGAUUCAGACCGCGCCUUCGCCUAAUCCUCAGGAUGCACUUCAGGCCGGGGUGCCCCAGAUUCAGUUCACCAUUUCUCCAGACCCCUUCAUGCCGUCCCUUCAGUUCCCGGCGCCACAGGGAUUCCAAGGAGUCGCCGAACAUCUACGAGGGUAG